GAGCCGCCAUUUUGAAAAUAAGGAAAAAAUUCAAAAGUCCCCAAGUGAAAUUUGAUUCUGCAAUGUCUAGCGGCCCUAAAAUGGUUUUCAGUACUUUGACUGGACAAUUUUUCCGAUUUUUCUCGUUUGGGACCUGUCUAUUAGCUCUAUUAUCAUCAUUGACCACCGAUUAUGUGACCCCGAUUUGACCACAGAUUAACAGAAUAGAAUUCGCAUUCUUUGUCAUGGUUUGGUAGACAGACACAGAAUUUAUUUCAGACUUACAAUCUAAUGAAAGAAAUUGUUUUAGUGUGUUCCUUCCAAUCUAAUGUGUUAUCGAUCUGUAUUCCAAGAUAUUUGGUUUUUCGAACAACAUCCAGCUCAUUGUUCUGAAUUUUUAGCUUUAAAGAUUCGUCUUGAUUCUUUAAUGAUUCUUUUAUGCUUAGGUUUGGUGGAAAUAAGCAGGGCAUGUGUUUUCAUUACAUUCAGUGAAAGUUUGUUACCCCUGAGCCAUUUUUCAACGUGUGCAAGGUCAUUAUUGAUGGCCUCAUUCAGCUGAGUGAUAUCAUGCGAUUGAUGGCAAAGACUCGUGUCAUCUGCAUACAUAGACACAUUUGUUUUUGGACAGCUAGUGGGAGGUCAUUUAUAUAAAUGAGAGGACCAAGACAUGAGCCUUGGGGUAAACCAAUAAAGCUUGGGGUACUCAUAAAGCAAUUAAUUCUGUUUUAACAUGGAAUUGUUUGAAAGUAAAAAAAUACACUUAAAAAGUAAACAUUUUUAACGAAUGAAUGAAUUCAAGCUAUUCAUAAGGGCGUGGUCACAAGAUUUUGUUGCUCGCUCCGCUCGCAAGAGGUCUUUUAUUCCCCCCUCGGGUCUCCAAUGUAGACAAUAAAAUGUAGACAUCAGUCAAAUACAGUGGGGUCAUUCAGUGUCGUCUCAAUGGUUUUAGUUCGACAGUUUUAGAUAUUGUCGCAGCCAAUCGUUUGAGUAUGGAGGGCUUCGAUAUAAAUCAAAGGCUAGAGAGAAUCGGGUUUGGAAAAUUUAACAUCAUUGCAUUAUUGAUUGUGGGGCUGAGAGAUCUUUCGUCCGCAUCGUCUGUAAGCAUCGUGGCAAUAAUCGAACCGUAUCUUCGCUGCCACUGGAAUCUAACCUAUAUGACUGCAGCAUGGCUUGUCCUUCCUGAAGCACUCACAAAUAUAGCUGGCUCAAUCUUUAUUGGCAAGUUGUCUGAUACAUACGGUAGAAGGAAAACUAUGAUAUUUACAUUCAUUUUGAACUCUUAUUUGACGCUGCUGUAUUCGUUGUCUUCAAACUUGUUACUUAUGGCCAUUAUUCGAGGGUUCAUUGGCCUAGUGUCGUCAAGCAAUAUGAUUGCAUUCACAUAUGCUAUGGAAGUAUUGCCGCUUUCAAAACGCAAAUAUAUGUCGUUUUUUAAGAUUUCAUAUUUUGUUGGAAAUGGACUUGGCAUUCUAGUUGGGAUGGUCUCGCUGACGUAUUUAACAUGGCGAUGGUCUAUCGUUCUUGCAGAGACUAUACCCAUAGCCCUGACUGCAGGCUUCACGUUUUAUCUGCCAGAAUCCCCGAGGUAUCUUAUUGCCGCUGAAAAAUUUGACGAGGCAGAAGAAUCGCUACAAAUUAUUGCUGAAAUGAAUGGCAUCGAUUAUGGCUAUAUCUCAGUACCUGGAGAAAGCUCUGGAGCAGGCGAUGUGGGGCAGUAUGACAAAAAAUUACAGGAAUCAGAGGAGCAAACAUCAAAGCGCGAAAUCGCAAAACGAAUUGCAGUUGUGUCUUUCCUACAAUUUUCUGGAUUUUUAUUUUCUGGCACAAUGCGUUUCGGAUCAAUGCAAUUUGGCGAGAAUUCCGACAUUUCCGAAUGUGGAAGAUGCUCCACAAACAUGACAUACAAAUAUCGUUGGGCUAUGGAGGUUGCCAUCUUAUCUUCAGCUAUUCCUUUGUACUGGCUGAUUGAUAAAGUCGCGAGAAAACGGACGUUCACGAUUCUACUGGCGUAUAUCAGUGCAUGUAUUGUGCCAUUUUACUGGGAUAUCCGUGGAUGGCCUCUGAUAAUAAUGAUGACACUAAUUUGCGUUGGGUUUACGGCGAUGAAUAUGCUUAUAUUUGUUUACAGGGCUGAAAUCCUUCCUACCCCAAUAAGGGCCUUUGGUUGUGGCAUCUCUGAAGCUUGUGGCAAAGCCGGGGUUUGCCUAGGACAACUCAUCGCCCUGUUUGUUCACCAUGUUGAUAUCUACCUCUCGUUUGGCAUUUUGCACGUGAUUACUACUGUGGGGCUUAUUAUAUCGAUUACUGCUCUUGUAGAGACCAAGCACAUUAACUUAAAAUGAGUUGGUUUAUACAUACAUAACGUUUGACAUGCGUAAAUCAUUUAUUGACAAAAAACAUUUAAUUUUGUAAAAGAGUAUGCUCAGAUUCCUAGUUUUUCGUCUCGCUAUGCUCUUUCCUGUUUUUAGUUUUUGGCAAAGGCUGGCAGCUGGGAGGAGUGCCCAAAAUAUUGUUCUAUGGUCAUUUUGUUCCAUUUUCAAUUUUAAAUGUGAAUAAAGUUUCUUUUCUGCUUUUUUUUCGUUUCGCUCUACAUUCCUCCUUCAUCAUAAUGUAAAAUAGAGUUCUCAAGUAGGACGUCACCAAAAAGCUAUUUUUAGAGUUUUUGAAUUUUGAUCACUGAAGAGUCCUCAAUUAUACAAAGAGUAACACUCAUAUAAAACGUGCUUCUGUCACUUCGGUGUUACAUCAUAAUAACCUCAUAAUUAAACAGCCUCGUUUAGAACAUUACAAUCACAUAACUUUAAAGAUCACCAUGAAAAACUUGCUAACAUGCAAAAUUGGCCAAAUAUGUCUAAAAUCGGUUGAGAUAUGGCUAAUGAAAGAUUUGAAGUUUGCCAACGAAUCACUGUUAUUUUGGCUCUGUUCAUCAAGCUAUGAACAGAGACCAAAAUACAGAGGUUUGAUGGGGAAAGAGCCAAUACAUAUGUGGCCAUAUCUCUGCCAAUUCUUAACACAAUUGACGAUUUUUUUUAUUUAGAAAUAUUUUAUGAUGCUCUUUCAGGUUAUGGAAUCCAAAUACAAAAAUUCUAAAAAUAGAUAUCUGUGACGCCAGCACUUUAGAACUUUAUACCGUGAAAAAGUAUAAUACUCCCAAAUGUUAAAUUAGUGACAUCAUAGCUAAAAAACUCUUAAGAAACAACCAGUAUUGGAACUUCUAAAGCC